AUGCCAUCGACCACGUCGUCGACCGAGCUGCCCCCAAACACAAUCCGAGUGAAGCUGGUCAAGCAGCGGCAUGGCGGACUGGGCUUCCUGGUCAAACAGAGGGCACUCAAGCCAUUCGUUCUAGUGGCCAGUAUAGUCAAGGGAGGCGUGGCCGAGGAGAGCGGGCUUGUGCAGAUUGGGGACAUUAUCCUCCGCAUCAAUGACAUCGAUCUGACAGACAUGAGUUACACCAGUGCCAUAGAAGUGCUCAAGGCAGUUCCCAUCGACACGCCGGUGGUCCUGCUGCUGAAAGGACCUGAAGGAUACACUACCUACCUCCAGACAUCAUUCCUGGAGAACGGUGUGCCUCGGACCGUCAGAGUGACCAAACCUCUCCACGACUCCAUCAUGGGCCGGCUCAAGAAGACCUUCUCAGGCUCUUCUGGUCAGAUCUCUCCGGUCAAGGGCCUGAAACGGCUGUGUAAUGGGGAACUAGACGGCAAGAACAAAAAGGGAGACGACGACGGUACAGAUAAAGAUGCUGACUCCACUGGAGGUGGUGGAGAAGAUGCAGGAAGCAACAAGGUUUCCAUGGAGGAAUGUGGAGACCCCGAAACCAGCGAUGCCAACCAUGAAGACGAAGCUGCUGACGCUAGCGAUAACAAUACAACUCCCAAUAUUUCAAAUGGCGAGGCUGUAAGAGGAACACUGGUACAUUCGAGUGCAAAUGCCUCCAAAUUCUUGUUUAAGAAUGAAGGCCGGAUGGAGUCUGAAGAAGAGACGGUCUUGGACAAUGGAACUGUAGGAUCUCCGAAGAUUGUGUUGACAAGUCCCAAGUCUAAAGACGAGACCAGGGCGAACUCACUUCCCAGAGCGCAGACUUUUGAUUCUGGUGUUGGCGAAUCUUGCAGAAGUCCUUGCCAGAAGAAAUCUAUUGAGAUUGUACAAAAUGAUGACGAGAUUACAGUCGUGGUUAAGGGCGAUCUAUGUGUCCGUACUGAGGAUCUUUCUUCUACGGACCCUAACACUCCAAAGAGGUUCAUCAUCUCAAGUUCCAAACAUAGCCAAAAACAAAUAACCAAUAAUAAUAACAAUAACAACACAAUAUACGGGAAAGAAAUCACAGAUAACAACCAACCAAACAACACUGUGAACACAGGCAGUAGCCCCGGGACGAUCUCUAGAAGCGGGAGCAAGAAAAGAAGUGGCCGAAGUAGCCCCAAGUCUCCUGGUCGUGUGAGCCCCACGGGCACCAGAAACUCACGGAGCCCAGUCACUAGCCCCACCAAACACGCAAAGCCAGGAUACACGAGUGAUGACGAGAAUGGAUUCACAAGAAGCUCCUCGGACAAACGACGGUAA